AUGAUUCAUGACCAACUAUGCAACAUCGUUGGUUCUUUGCGUCAAUUAGAACCGGAUCCUGUUCAUCAGUUCAUCGAAACUAAAAGACGGACCUUUCUUGUUCAUCAAAGAUUUCAAUUACUGGCUCUUUGUCUUGACUCAGUGGUGGCUCCCUCACCGAAAGGAUUGCAAGAUCCGUAUCGACACUUGCUACCAGACGAUGGAAAAAUCACGUUCACCCAGGCGGACCUUUAUCGAGGAAAUCUUGUCAUAUCAAAAGCACACCAGCUCACGUUCUUGCCAUCGUGGACUGGGCACAGUCAGGAUGGUGGCCUGACUAUUGGGAACACUGCACAGCCCUCUACACGUGCUGCUAUGAUGAUAGAUGGCGCAGGGAGUUUUAUGGUCAAAAUUCUAUGUCCGUGA